GCGUGAGAAAACGAGAGCGGUAUGUACUUUGUACUUUUGUUGUUGAGGGUGUGUGGGAAGGUGAGCUAUCUUCGAAAUCGUGUAUCUACGGUCGGAUUCUUUCGUUUUCGUCAACCUCUUCCGCCUCCCAUGCGGUGUGAUAGAUGAUGACUGCACAAGGAGAGACCUGAUUGCUCCCAGGAGCAAUGGGAGAGUGUCUGAGUAGUUGGUGCUGAACCGUCAGUAGAAGUGUGAAAAUUACGACCGGCGGGCGAUACCUAUCCGAUAGUCAGAUGAGUUAAGUACUUACUUCGUUCAUGGCAUUGCAUGAUUGCUCAUAGAAGACCACAAGGAAGAGCAGAUCAUCUUCACCAUCGUAAUCACGGACGACAUGGACACCGAGCUCACCGAGACCUUCGUGUACGAGCCUGCAGCGUUCUACGGGCACCACGCCCAGCAACUGGAGGCCACGCAGAGUCUGACCGCCCUCGUCGCAAAGUAUGCCCAGCAGGAAGAGCUCGUGUUGCAGCAGCCAUAUUCCGCCGCGGAAAAGAAAUACCUUCGGGACCUAGUUUUUCGGAAAAAACCCAAUACUGCGGCUACCGUGCUGACUGCGCAUUCCGUACUAGAGUGGAAUCCGAAGUCCGUCGCCAAUCUUGAGUCGGCGAUCGGCAAGAAGUGGCAGCACUGGAAAACCCUGCUCCGAGAUGGCUGCGAGCGGCUCUUCCCGGAGGGCGGCACGCCGAGCAGUGGUGGCGGUGUGGAGAAUGAGGCCAGCGCCAGCACCGGAUUGUCGGACAAGCCCUUCGCCUGCGAGCGAGUUCCUGACGAUGGAGCCAAGGUUUCCAGUGGCCAGAAACCACGCAUCAAGUGCAUGGUGAAGUAUCCGCAAAACGCCUGUCAGCAGCGGUCAAGCUUGCCUCUAUCGGGCGGGAGCUCUACUUCUCCUGCUGAUUCGGUAUCAAAAGGCGCUAACGAAAGUGGUGGCGGCGACCUAACCACCAAUUCAUGCUGCGUCGGUGCGGCUCCGCACUGUUUGGAGAAUUCCGCGCUUACUGGUUUGCGAAAGAGCAAGAAGCUCGUGGCGCAGUGUCUCGUGAAAUUAGGAAUGCUUGAGCACGUGGAUGAGUUGGAGGACAGCGUUCCGAAAGUGAACUUCCCCCGUAAUGGCGACGUGCUCACGGCGUUUGUAGGGAUUCCCUCAGGGAAAAAUCAUCUGGACGUUUCGCUCGAGCGGCAGGGAGUCCGCACUGGUGGUGGCAUUUGCACGGGUGAUAGAGUAGAAGGGGUUCCCGCUCUGGGUUCUUAUGCUGAGAUGCACACGCUAAAGAACAAGAACUACAGUGCAGCUCUAGGAAGAUCUUCAAGAGGAAAGAGCACGAAGAGCAUCGUGACGUCUUUUGCGGCAAGCGAUGAUGAAGAUGCAGGAGAAAUCGUGCCCCCACCGGACGCUGGCACCGGCGACACGACAGCGACGGGCGAGGAUGUUGAUAUGACCCCGGAAACGGGGGAUGCUGCAGAUGCUAACGAGGAUGAAGCUGAGCCAGAUGCUGGAUCAGCUCCCAUUGAAGCGGAGAAGGUGGAGAAGAAGAAAAUGACGCUCCUGGAUCACCCACGACCCGUGGAGGAACGAGAGUUCCCGAAACUGGAAAAACUCCAAGAGCUCUCGCGAGAAAUUGCGAAAUACAUUCGGAUGAUCCAUAUCAGCCCGGUCGUGCGCACCGAUGACUCCAUCGACGCGGAGGUCAUGCCGCAGUCCGACGAUCAUAAUACCGGAGCGGACCAUUCCGGCUCGUCCACGACGACCGAUGGCGCGGCAAGCCAUCGCCAAACUCAUGCGACCGAUGGUCAAGCACAAGCCCGCAGCGAUUCCGGUGUUAUGUCCUCUUCCACCAACAAGAGCGCAGUCAUGGAUGAUCCACGGAACCCUGCGUCCGCCUGUAUCCCAAUUACCGGCGUCGAUUACCGGACCAUGACUCGCGAACAGCUUACGCUGGAGCGGUUGAAGCUUGCACAUUUCCUCGAUCAGCACCUGUUUGCGACGGAGCAGAAAGGUGCCAACAGAAUCCUGAAAAACGCGUACGCGAAGGUUUGGACGACCAUGCCGAAGUCCCGGCCGUUCAUUUGCGCUAAAGUACAAAGUGGCUCUUUCGCGUAUGUCGUGAAAAAUCCCGAGCUGGCCGAGAAUGGUGCCGAUGCUGAGAUGAAUAAAGAAGGUCUCGAUCAUCACGACGAGCAACAGCAGGCGGAACUUCGAAAACGCUGGUGGCCGGGGCCGGGACAGAACUUCCGCGACCAAAGUAAGCACUACGCUGCGCGGACGAUCUACAUUGACCCGGCGACGAAGGGGAUUGCGCCGCCACUGGAGAUCGACGGCACGGUGCGGGUAUGCAUUGCAAAAGUAUCGUACUCGUAUAAAUGCAUUACAAAUUUCCUCAGCAUCAGAAAUAAAAUUUGUAAUGCGGAUUUAGCUUAAGAACAAGAUUUGUAAUGCAUGUUUGCAAUACUACGAGUAGGAGUACGAUACUUUUGCACAGCAUAGCGGGAAGCGGCGGAGGCUCCGAAAGACGAAAAGUACGAGUUGUCCAAAGAACCGGAAGACGAUUACGCGAAGACCGCGGAAGAGCAGGACGCAAUGUGUCGCGAAGGGGAGCCGCUAUCUUGCGUGCGGGAGCUCCGGCGUUUCUUUGACUACGAAGACAUCAGGGAGCCAGAAACGCACGCGAUGGACGAGGAGGAGACAGACGAUCUAGAUCACGGACUGGACGAGGCGGACGACGAUUCCUUGGCCAUCCAAGAGGGAACCGGGGCGGAAGGCGGCUCGCUGGAUUCCGAGAAGAUCAGUACGAAUCCGGUUCUCAAGAGCGACCGGCAGCUCAUGGAAGAGGAGUACCAGCGACAGCAGCGGAUGCAGGCCAUGCAGGACGAGAUCGCCCGCGUCACGGCGGAGGGAGCGGAUCCGCGGUUCCGGUUUACACCCGGCGCCUUGUUGGGCAUGAAAACCUCCAGUGCCUCGGAGUGGGAAGCGCGGCAGGAGGGGGAGUACAAGCCAAAGAGUCUCAUCGACGCGUUUGACGAAAGGUCCAAAGUCAAGCGCACGUACAACGCCGCCGGUGACAUAAAGGCGGCAGCCUACGAUGCGACCGCGGGCGCUGCUAUCGAACUGCGCGCAUGUCGCUUCUCUCUAUUCGUGUUGCGUGCAUCUAUUCGAAUUGUCUCUGAUGUGUGUGCGUCGUGCAUGCUUAUCCGAAUACGACGAAUUAUGGCGUCGAAAGGCAAUGGCUAGCACGGUCGUUGUACAGUUCGGCAGACUUGUCGAGCUUCUUUCCAUUCAUUGAAAAACGUAGCGCGCUGGCACUACUACAAGGCCAACCAAGCUGUACCAAACGCAAUUUUGACAAGAUGUGAAGCGACAUGUCAUUUCGAUACUUCUCCAUCGCAACGUAACGGAUCCGAUGUCUCAGUACAAAGCGGGGCGAGUCGCCUUGGGAGCAGGUAGACUCACCGGAAAAGCACUCGUAGGAACUGGGAAGAUAGGUCUCAAGGUAGGUAGGUUCGCCGGUUCCAGAAUGGUCUCAACAGGUUUACUCGACAUUCAUGCCACUGCAACCACGACUUGUGGUGGUGCUCGAGCUGGUGCUUGUGGUAUUCGGCGGAUCUUGUUUCUUCCCAAGACAAGAACUGGAACCAAACAUGGUAGCGAGCAGCCAAUUGGGGCGCACAGCGCCGUGAAAGGUUUUUUGUAAUUUGACUGUAUGAUUUCGAUUUCCACGACAUGUUUCAUUUUGGCUACGUUUUGCUAGUAGUUUCUUCUGCAGUUUUGCCUCGUUGCUGUUUCACGCUUUCAUUCAGUUGAGCUACUACGCUCAAUCAAUGAAUAGCUGAAGCAAGAAGCGUUUGUUUGCCGUUGCCCAGUCUCUGAAUAUGAGAAACAGAACAAGUAGAGAGGCCUCGAACUUGCACUAUCGUUGGUACUUGAGAUAUCAAUCGACAGCCAUUUCAUUUAAAUUUCAGUCUCUGACCGCACGAUUGUGCGACAGGGAU